GAGUGAAAGUUGCUCCUGAACCUCAGGUGAAUGCAGAAAUCUUGAGAGAGAUGACCCUAAAAUCAAAAACAUAUAGUACCAAAACUCAUGAAGGAUGUAAUUAUGCAAAUACAUGGGAAUGA